AUGAAGCCAGCAUUUGCAGCUCUUCUACUUGUGUGUCUUAUUCUCUCCUCAUCUAUGUUUGAAAUCACAGCACUUGGUGUUGAAAUUUUACCUUAUAGUGAAACUGGUUUUGUGAAACUUCUUCUUCACGAGGAGAUGGUGGUAACGAAUCCGAAGCGAGUUGGAGAAGAAGAUGAACCACGUGCCUCGUAUAACUGGAGAAUUCGAAGCUUGCAACGAUAUAACGAGUUAGACGAAGAUGAACAGUUGCAUGUGUGGGGAGGGAGUUGGAGAAGAAGAUGA